AUGGGCUAUCUGACCGAACUGUCUUCCAACGGAGGAAAGCUGUACCCUGUGGGUUACCAGUGUUCCCGCCUGUUCUGGAGCACGGUGGACCCCAGGAGGCCCUGUAAGUACACCUGCAGGGUGACGGAGGUGAGCAGCCCUCUGCCGGGCCGGCUGGGCCAGCCUCCCUGGGAGCACGAGCUGAACAAGACCAUCGCCCACAGCCCCCACCACGGCCAGGAAAUGGAGAACCCAGACAUGGUGACGAGCUGUCCACCAAUCGAGGCUCCUUCCAGCACCGUGUCCCCGCCUCCAAACUAGACCCUGCAGUGGGACCCAAAACCCGGGACACCUGCACACCAGGAGACCAGCAGGAGGAACGUCUAGACCCCUUCCUUCCCCAGGG